AUGAUUAUUUCACAAGUUUUCUUUUCUUAUUGUUUGUUUUUAGUGAUUUUUGUUUGUAUUCCAUUAGUUAAAAGCAAGUGCAGUUGUUGUGAAAAAAAUGGCCAUAAUAUUAGAACAUGUCAUUCUAAAGAUAAUUGUCCUUCGAAAAAACAGAAUUUAGUUAAAAGUAGAAAAUUUACAUGUAUUUGUUGUGGAAAAAAGAGUGAUCAUUACGAAAACACAUGUCCUUCAAAAAAUAAUUGUCUUUACCAGAAAGAAUAUAAUGUGGAAUAUAAACAUACAAUUUCGUCAAGAGAUUGUUUUUUUAAAAUUGAAAGGAAAAAUUUUGUUAAAAAAGGUGAAAAAAUAAAACCAUCUUGUAAAUGUGCUCGAAAAGGAGAUGAACAAUGUCAUGGGAUUGCAGAUAUGUUAGGUGGACCUGGAAAUUGUGAAAAUUGUAUGUCAUGUUCUCGUAAAAUGAAUAACGAUAUGAAAGGAAUGGAGAAAUUUGUUAAAAAAAGUGAUGGUGGAGUCUAUAUUGUGGCUUGUGACAAUUAUGAAUAUGCUAAAACCAUCACACAAAUCUUCAGACCAUAUAAAGGAGAACCAACAACAACAGUUAUAUUUCGCGGAUCACCUACCAAUUAUCAUGAUGAAAUUUGA